AGAAGCCGCUACCAGGCCAGUGCUCCUCCUGCGGUGGCUCCAUUCCCAGGAGGAUGAAGGUCGCCGUGGCAGCUGUCUCCCACCUCUUCCUCCUCCUCCUCCUCCUCAUCGCCAUCCCCCUCGGGUUCCAGACUGAAACCUCUUUGAGGCCCCGAACCUACCAACCUACUGAUUGCUGCUUCACCCACCUGACCCGUGCAAUCCCGAGAGAGCGGAUUUCAAGCUAUUAUGAGACCAGCAGCCAGUGCCCCAAGCCUGGAAUUAUCUUCAUCACCAUAAUAGGCCGUUUCGUUUGUGCCAACCCCAGGGAUGACUGGGUCCAGGACUACAUCAAGGAGCUGAAGGAGAUCUGAGAGACCCAGCUGCAGUGCAGAAGGACCCAGCUCAGAAUUGAAAGAGAAGGGGCUCCGCCCCCACCCCCCUUCCCACCAGCCCCAGCCACCUCCUGGGAGCUGCCCUGCCUUGAAUUAAAGACCAGUCAUGCCCUUCCCGCCCUCAUUCAUUCCUACGGAACUGCCCACCGGCAGUGGGCUGGUGAGGCCCAGCCCAGAAUGGCACCCCCAGCAUCCAGCCUCACUCUGCAGAAGUUUGGCCAGAGCUUGGUGCGUAAAAACGGGAAAGACCAGCAAUGGAGGUAGAGGAA